AUUUUCCCUUGUGCAAAAGCCAGAACUCCUUUCCAAAUAAAAGAGGGACAUUCUCGCCGCUCUUCUGUGAUUUCCGACGACUAAGGUGCCGGAAUAAUCAGCAAAGUAUCUUCUUCCCCCAAUUGUGUUGUGUUCCAGUUGACUUCAACUUCUUGUUAAUAUCGUUUUCCGGCUGUUAAUCGACCCGAACUCCUGUAAGCUGUUGCAAAAAUUAGCAGAAUUUUGAUACCUACAUGGCUUUUCUGUAAUCUGUUGCACCUUUCAAUUCAAUUGAUUUCAAGUUUCAAAGCCAUUAACUGCAAUUUGCAUUGCAAGUUGACGAUGGACCCGAUAAUUCGGACUCUGCCUCCGCCAUCAUAUCUGUCCGUCUCGGUCGUUUCUUUCCUCAACGCUAAGAUUAACGCAAAAGAAGACCUUGAACAGGCUCCGUCUCUUCUUUCUGAGCUCCGAGCUCAGUGUCAUGUCCUCGAUCAAAGCCUUACGGAUCUCAAUACACAGCUCCGGAACUAUCUGAUCAACCACGCUUCCCAUUCGGAUCGAACUGGUGCUCUUCUUCGCGAUAUAGAUGCCAAAUUAGGAGAUCUUCAGUCAGCUUCUUGCUCUUCUUCACCAGAUGGAGGAUCAGGGAAGGUACUGGGAGAGGAGCUACCGGCAUUAGCUAAGGAGGUUGCCAGGGUUAACACUGUGCGAACAUAUGCAGAGAUAGCAUUGAAGCUUGAUACUUUGGUUGGUGACAUCGAAGAUGCUGUUUCGUCCACGGUGAAGAGAACUUUAAGGAGAGAACAAUCGACAAAAAGUUCAGAAGACAUGUGGAGUGUUGCCAUCAGAACACUGAAGUUAACUGAAGACACACUUAGAUUAGUAGCAAAAACACGUCCUCAGUGGACACGACUUGUGUCAGCUGUUGAUCAUAGAGUUGAUCGAUCUCUAGCCAUUUUAAGACCUCAGGCCAUUGCAGAUCACAGAUCCCUUCUGACUUCCCUUGGCUGGCCACCACCUCUGUCCACUUUAAAUUCCUUAGGCCCAGAGUCAAAGCGGUCAACUGAUGUCCAGAACCCACUUUUCACAAUGAAAGGGGACCUUAAACUGCAAUAUUGUGAAAGUUUUCUAGCAUUGUGCAGUCUGCAGGAACUGCAGCGCCAAAGAAAAUCUCGUCAACUCGAAGGACAGAAUAGAGAAAUUGCCUUGCACCAGCCACUUUGGGCCAUUGAAGAGCUUGCUAAUCCUAUAUCAGUUGCAUCUCAACGCCACUUCUCCAAAUGGGUUGAUAAACCAGAGUACAUAUUUGCCCUUGUAUACAAGGUGACCCGGGAUUAUGUUGAUUCAAUGGACGAGUUACUGCAGCCACUGGUGGAUGAGGCAAUGCUGUCAGGUUACAGUUGCAGAGAAGAAUGGAUCUCAGCUAUGGUUACUUCUCUAUCGAUGUACUUGGCAAAAGAAAUAUGCCCCAUGUAUGUUAGUCAGCUGGACGAAGAGAGCACAAGUGAAAAGCACUUUCAGGCUAGAAUAUCCUGGCUCUAUCUUAUUGAUCAGAUGAUAGCAUUUGAUAAGCGAGUUCAGUCUCUUGCUUCACACUCGGGUAUCUUGUUUUCUUUGCAGGAACAUGCAAAACUAGAGAAACUUUCAUCAUUUUCUGUAUUUAUUGACAGGCCUGAUUGGCUUGACUUGUGGGCUGAUAUAGAACUUACUGAUGCAUUUGAUAAAUUGAAACCUGAGAUUGAGAAUGAAAGAAGUUGGUCGACAGAAGUUUGUGGUGUGGCUGUUCUAUCUGCCCAAGAAGACAACAAGUCUCCAGCAAUUGCCAGUGCCUUUCAUCAACGUUUUUCGGCUGUUAUUGAUCGUUGUCGAUCACUGCCUAGCAUAGAGUUGAGAUCAAGAUUUUUGAAAUUGGCAGGUGCACCAAUAAUACACAGGUUUUUGGGUUGUUUGCUUUUCAGGUGCCAAGAAGCCGAAGGGUUAACUGCCUUGACAGAUAAUGAUGCUUUGAUGAAAGUUGCAAAGUCUGUAAAUGCUGCAUGCUAUUUUGAGUCUAUUUUAGAGGAAUGGUGUGAGGAUAUCUUUUUUCUUGAGAUGGGGCUGAACCAGGUUACUCAAUUGGACACAUCUACUGAUGGAAAUGACUUUGGUUCAGAGGAAUCAUCUGGAAAUGGAAUUCUUUAUGAAGAAACUAAGAAGCUGGAAGAAUUUAGAACAGGAUGGGUUGAGAAGCUGUCUACAGUGGUAUUGAGGGGAUUCGAUGUCUGCUGCAGAGACUAUCUAAAGAACAAGAAGCAAUGGCAGGAAAAAGGUGAAGAAGGGUGGAUGGUAUCCCAGUCUUUUGUCGGGGCACUAGAUUAUCUGCAGGGAAAGAUGUCAGUACUUGAAGAAGGUUUGAAUAGAGUGGACUUUGUUGGGGUCUGGAGGAGUUUGGCCCCUGGGCUAGACAAGUUAAUUUUCAGUGGUAUUUUGAUGACCAAUGCUAAGUUUUCUGACGGCGGCGUUGAGAGGCUUAGCAAUGAUUUGUCAGUUUUAUUCGGGGUGUUCGGAGCUUGGUGCUUAAGACCUGAGGGUUUCUUCCCCAAAUUGAGUGAAGGUUUGAAGCUAUUGAAAAUGGGAAAGAAGCAGCUCCAGAAUUGUUUGGCAGGAGGUGAAAUAUGGUUGAAAGAGAAUGGGAUAAGACAUUUAACAGCAGCCGAGUCCGAAAAAGUAGCGAAGAAUAGGAUAUAAAUUAUGUCCUCUGUAUAAGUUUUAGUUUUGGAAAGUUAUUCAGUAAAGGUUUACCAAAUUCAGCAUAGGAACAUGGGAAGUAGUAGUGAUGGUUUUUGAUGUAAUGGUUUUCACCGUUAUAAUAAUGCUCACAUUUUCUUCAGUGAACUGUAUUUUAGAGGAUGAAUUAUAUUUCACCAGCAAAUAGCAGGGGAAUAAAACUGUAUAUUGGAC